UUCUGCUUUACCUGGUGGAUCUGGCCUCCAGUUAGCAGAAGAGAGGUAUCCUGGCAUCAACAAGGAGCCAAGGGUGACCUCUUGAUCAGCCUAACUGCUCGCACAACUGCCUGCCAUCACCAUGCCUAGAGGUCAGAAGAGUAAGCUCCGUGCCCGUGAGAGACGCCGCCAGGCCCGUGGUGAGACCCCGGGCCUGGAGAGCACGGAGGCUACUGCAGCAGCAGCAGCAGCAGCAGCAGCAGCAGAGGAGCGCCCCUCCCCUGCCUGGCCUCUUUCUGGGGAUGGAGCUCAGAAUAUGCCUGCCACUGCGACACCCAGAAGUCCUCGGGCAGCCCACAGGACCCCGUCUCCCGCCAGUGCUGGUGCAGCUGUUUCAUGCCCCGAUUCAGAUGACAGUGACAAAAGCCAAGAUGAGGAAAGCCGACGAUCCUCUAAGGGCAAUGAGUUCUUAUGCAGAGAUCCAUUAAACAAGAAGGUGGUUUUGUUGGUGCAGUUCCUGCUGCAGAAGUAUCAGAAGAAAGAGCCAGUUACCAAGGCAGACAUACUGAAGUGUGUCAUCAGAAAGUACAGGUGUCAUUUCAAUGAGAUCCUCAAGAGAGCCUCUGAGCACAUGGAGCUGGCCUUUGGUAUUGAUGUGAAGGAAGUGGAUCCCAUCCGGCACUGCUAUGCCCUCCUCAGCAAACUAGACCUCAGCGUCGAUGGAACGACACUUGAAGGAGAGAACAUGCCCAAGACUGGCAUCCUGAUGAUCGUGCUGGGUGUGAUCUUCAUGAAAGGCAACUGUGCCCGGGAGGAGGAGGUCUGGGAAGUCCUGAAUAUGAUGGGUGUAUAUUCUGAUAAGAAGCAUUUCAUCUAUGGGGAGCCCAAGAAGAUCAUCACUGAAGAUUUGGUGCAGCUCAGGUACCUGGAGUACCGGCAGGUGCCCGGCAGCGACCCUCCGAGCUAUGAGUUCAUGUGGGGCCCGAGAGCCCAUGCCGAGACCAGCAAGAUGAAAGUCCUGGAGUUUUUGGCCAAGAUCCACGAUACCGUCCCUAGUGCCUUCCCAGCCUGGUAUGAAGAGGCUUUGCAAGAUGAAGAAGAGCGAGCCCAAGCCCGAGCUGCAGCCAGGGCUCGUAUCACUGCCAUGGCCAGUGCACGUGCCAGGGCCAUGGCCACCAGCUCAUCCCACACUAAGUGAAGUCUCAGGCUGGUCCAAAAGAUGCUGAAGUUUGAAGCAGUUUGUUUUUUUUGUGGAAGAAAAACGCAGUCAGCAUUCUAAGUAAUGGAUGGCAAUGGCCAGGGUGGGUCUGGAAGGAACACAGUGAAUAUCAUCUUGGUGUUCUUGUUCUAUAUGGUAAACUUAAGAGUUCUCUUUUUAGAAAUCUCUUUUCU